GACAUCUUUCUUCCAGACUCUCCCUAGCAAUGCUGGAAAAGGCAAAGAUGUGGCUUGAUUAUAGUGUGUCAGUACUUGUAGGUGAGGAAAUGCAUCCUCCUGAAAGCUUUUUUUAAGUUAGCUUAAGAAAGCCUGAUACCUGUUUGCUGGAACCUGAUGUUGAACAUACUCAAAUUGAAAAUCAUGACCCCUUUUCUAUAGUGCAUCUAAUUAAAUAUUGAAGCACUUGAGCAGAUGAAGAUAUGUGCUCUGGUUUGACUAGGUCAGAUCCUCUGACCUGGGUUCUGAGGGAAGUCAGGAUUUGUAGGCAUCGCUGUCCAUUGCAGUCUCUAAAGCAUGAAAUAGCUUGGUGCUAAAACGUAUUAAAACUAAACUCUGGAUGCCUUGCCAGUGUAAGUGGUACAAGCACCUCUAAUCCUAAAACUUCAUAGGUGCAAUUGUAAAUGGUUUGUUUUACUAUAGCUGAAAUGUAUGCCUGUGUGUCAAAUUCCCUCUGGUCAUGAGGACUGAAAAGUUACCACAGCUGUAGUUCCCCUCUAAGUCCUAAGUACAGAAAAGUCCUUUUGGAUUAACUAUACGUGCUGCCAUUAAGGACAUCAAAAUGUUAUAAGCUGUAAAUAUACAAGAAAUACAGGACAAAAGAGCAACUUGGUUAGAUUUUUUUCUUCUGAACUUCUUCAGUAUGGAAGGAAAAAUUAUUCUUUUUAGUCUCCCGUUCAUAUGUUAAUGGCUUUUUGUAGCACUUCUGCUGAAUUCAGCAGUGGAUUUCUUACCACAAAAUUUUUUUACCACACCUACUGCUGAUAUGAUUCUAUCAUAGAUGGAGCAUCUGGUGAUGUUUUUAAUACUAGAUUUUCAAAGAUUUUUCAGUGACUGAAUAGAAGGCUGUCUAACAUUACGAGUGGUCAUGUGAACCCUAUCGAUUCUGGCAAUGGUUAACUGGGCCAUUGAAGCAGCAACCACUUGGCUGUGUGAUCAGAGACCCUUUGGAUUUCGUGGAGUGUGGCUCAGUGUCAGCUCCUUUACGAGCUGCAGAACAGCUCUCUUAACUGAGUCACCUCAUCUAUUCUGAUCUCCAUCCUCAGAGUGUGCGUUUGUGGUGUGCUUUUGACUCUUAAAGUUUACCAUGUUCUGACUUGAGCCAGGCAGUAAGAAAAGUCACGAUACAUCUCAGGGUCUGCUACCAUUCUGUAGUGGGUAGAAGUAGUGUGUAGAAGAUCAAUACUCUUCCCCCCUGCCCCACCCCCGCUAUUAUUUGACAAAGUACCAAAGAUUGGCUGGAAGUUGUGCUUUGCAAGAAAACAUUGCUUUGCGAUUUGCCUGCUUUUGUCUCCUAUAACCAAUAUAGUUUGCUCCCAAAUCUGCUUUGUUCAGUAAGCCAUAAACAAAAGUCAAGUGUUUCUAAAUAAGAGGAUGCAGUUAUACGCUGCUUUUUGGCACCAGAAGCUCCUCUAAGAGGGUAUACCAAACUGGAGAGCUUAUCCUACCACCUCUUCUACUAGAAACGAGCACCGUUGCAUAGUGACAGCCAUGCUGUGUGCUGGUGCAGAAAGGGCUAGUUUACUCCAUGCUGCAUGUUAUGAUGGUUUCUAACUUCUGAUCACUAAUAAUGUUUUUACUAGUGCUGGAGAUAGGAGUUCAAGAAGAUUUUUGCCAAAUUUGAGACUUCCAGAGGCAGUAGAAGCCUGUCCCGUAGCUUUCUAGACUUCAGUUUGCAAAGUCUUGGAAAAUGAAAGUCAGAAAUCCACAACAUGAUCAAAUUGCUUUGCUCCAUUAGAAUUAAAGGGACCUACCUUAUCAGUGUGAGAGGGGAAUCGCACAAGCAUACUGUGGAUUUUUUGUCUGUACAUGCUACUUGAUUAUCUAUCUUUUACCGACCCACCCAAAAAGAGAGAAGAAGCAUUGAACAAAAAUCAUUGUCUUGUCCCUUUUGCUUGAGAGCUGGCUGAAUUUUAUGACACCUGCUGGAGAACCUACCUGGACCAUUAGAAAUGGAGCAGCUUGUUCUGCAUCUCUGAUCAGCAAAGCUUUCUGCAUGGAGUACAAGAAUCAAGUUGCCUUAAGUCAAACCAUAUGUAUGUUGCACUGAUUGUUGUAACUGUACUGCUGAUACCACUCCAGACUUCACUAGGGCUUUCCAAGGCAGUAGUUUCUCAUGUAGUUUGAAUGCUUUCAACUGACAUUUGAAUGUUUUUUUUAUUAAAUCUGGUGUAGCUGUGAAAAGCGGGUUAAGUUUUUUUCUGUUAAGUUCAUGGUGAAUUUUGAAGCCUCACUUCCAAGCGUGAUCUGUGCUAUGGCAGCAACGUACAGGCUUAUGGUCACUUCUGUGAACUGCUACAGCAGUGUGGUGAUAGACCAGCGCUUUCAGCACACCGUGCAUUACUGCACAGGGACUUGCCAAGUGUUUAAGCAAGGUGUUACAUGCAUAGUUGCCCACCACAGUGUCUGCGCAGAGCUUGGUGUCCAAGAUGCCAACCUAGACCAUAAAAUUCCUGUUCCUGAAAAUGGACUUACCUUGCCUGGAAAUGAGGACUAUCAGCAAAUCCUCCCAAAUAAUUCAAGAAUCAAAAAGGGCUCUUCAGUGCAAGCUUCCAGCAGUUUAAAAGACAUUACUGGUGAGGCAAUAAACCUUGCCAGUGGUAAAAUAAAGGAAUUCUCCUUUGAAAAGCUCAAAAACUCUUCCAGUCAUGUGGCCUACAGAAAGGGAAGGAAAGUUCGGUCAGAAUCAUUCAGCAGACGAUCAUUUGAUUUUGACUUCAUUUAUGGGCACUUAAACAAUGAUGAGAACUGCCCUCCAUGUGGCUUUUUGCAGAGUCCCUCACCUGUGGAGAAAUGGCAGGAGAGCAGUGAUGCUCCAGAAGUCACCAUGAAUCCCAUGGUUUCCUUCUCCCCUCAGUCCUUCUCUGAAGAAAACUUCAUUACCCAGAUUUUGGAAAAACACAAGCUAGAUGGUUCUUCUGGUGGAGAUAUUAAGGUGUGCUUAGACAUUUUGCUCAAGUGUUCAGAGGAUCUGAAAAAGUGCACAGACAUAAUAAAACAUUGCAUCAAAAAGAAGUCUGCAGACAGUGUUAGUGGAGGGAAUGCCAAUGAUCCCCUGGCUAAUCCAGAAAUGAUAUAUAUGAAUCUGAUGACAAGAUUUUCUUCAUACCUGAAAAAGCUACCCUUUGAGCUCAAGCCACCAGGACACAAGGAAGCUAGUGACUUGACAGAACUAGUUAACUGUUUUCAUGGCUUGCAGCAAACUCCCUUUCCCCCAGUAUUUGGAGAUGAGCAGCCACCUAGGUAUGAAGAUAUUAUUCAGUUGCCAUCCUCAAGUACAGUUCCUCUCAGACUACCAGGUGAUCAGUGUGAGGUGACAAGCACCUCUCAGUCCAUCCAAACAAGUACUGUGAACUUUACCUCAAACUCCCUUUGCAGCAUCCCACAGGAGAACAGUGUGAGAGCUGUGAAAGAUGCUUGUGCUCUACCUCAGUUACCAGCCACAAGCCCUUCUGACUGCACAUCUUCCACUGAGGCUCUGUACAUUGAGGAGGAGUCUGAUGGGGAAAGAAUAUUAGGGAAAAUAAAGAAGGCAGAGCAGAAAGGGGGCUGGGAGAGUUUAGAGCGCAGCUACCAGCUAGCUGGUUGUUCAGAUCUAACUGCCACUGCUAAAGCAGAACGUGCCAGAGUGGGAGAUGUUGAGCUCUUCCAUGCUUCUGAGAAAAUUACUCCUUUAAAACCGGUUUCAGAAUCUGUAUUGCGUGGAUCCCAAGCUGAUGUCUCCAAAGGAGAACAGAUGUGCAGUAAGGUAGACAAGGAAGAGAUAGACAAACUGCUGCUGGACUUGGAGUGCUUCUCACAGAAAAUGGAGAGUACUUUGAGGGAACCCUCUCUAAAGGAGAGUGAACCUGCCUGUUUGCAAGUGUUUGGCUGGCAGGGUAGGCAGGUACUACCUCUGGCUCUUGAACACAAAAGUAAACCCAUUGACCCCACUUCCCCUUUGUCAAAAAUCAUGGAAACCAACGGUCAUAAAAUGGAAGAGGACGACAAAGCCCUUUUGCUGCGUAUCCUGGAAAGCAUUGAGGACUUUGCCCAGGAACUGGUGGAAUUCCAGACAGGCAAGGGAAGCUUGUCCAAGGAGAGGGAAGUGAUGCAGAUUCUUCAGGAAACUUUAACAACUCCUUCACAGUCCCUCCUUGCAGGGCAAAAAAGCUAUGCUGGGGCUGCCUCCAGAGACUCUGUUCCAGCUUCAAUUCAGCAGGCCCCAGAAGUGAUUAAAGUUCAAAAUAAACAAGAGAAGAAACCUGGAACUUCAUCCACAGUCCCUUUGAACGCUGCAGUUAGCCCUUGCACUCUUCUGCCUGUGAAUAAAGCCACCAGCAGUACCCCUUUGUCGAUAAACAUUCCACGUUUCUACUUCCCUAAAGGACUUCCGAAUGUCUGCACUAAUCAUGAAGAAAUCAUUGCCAGGAUUGAAGAAGCCUUUACAGAGUUUGAAGAUGAGAAAGCAAACAUCUGUGAAAUGGGGAAAAUUGCUAAGAUAUGUGGCUGCCCACUCUACUGGAAAGCACCUAUGUUCAAUGCAUCAGGAGGAGAAAGGACAGGAUGUGUAUCUGUACACUCGUUUGUAUCCAUGUGGAGAAAGAUCCUAUGUAACUGCCAUGAUGAUGCAUCCAGAUUCACGUACCUUUUAGCAAAGCCUAGCUGUGACUACCUAGAACAGGAGGACUUCAUCCUGCUUCUUCAGGAUGUGGUGGAAACACAUCCUGGCCUGACGUUCCUGAAGGAUGCUCCGGAGUUCCAUUCCCGGUAUAUUACGACGGUUAUACAGAGAAUAUUCUACACAGUCAAUCGAUCCUGGUCUGGGAAGAUUACUCUAACAGAGCUGAGGAAAAGCAACUUCUUGCAAACUCUUGCUCUCUUGGAAGAAGAGGAUGACAUAAAUCAGAUCACAGAUUAUUUUUCCUACGAGCACUUCUAUGUUAUAUACUGUAAAUUCUGGGAGCUGGACACUGAUCAUGAUCUUUACAUCAGCCAGAAGGAUCUGGCUAGGUACAGUGAUCAAGCUUUAUCUAACAGGAUUAUUGAGCGAAUAUUCAGCGGCGCUGUGGUGAGAGGCAAUGAAGUUCAAAAGGAAGGCCGCAUGAGCUAUGCUGAUUUUGUGUGGCUCCUGAUUUCAGAGGAAGACAAAAGGAGUGCUACAAGCAUUGAGUACUGGUUUCGGUGCAUGGACCUGGAUGGGGAUGGAGUGCUCUCCAUGUAUGAACUGGAGUACUUUUAUGAGGAGCAAUGUGAGCGGAUGGAAGUGAUGGGCAUAGAACCACUGCCAUUUCAUGACUUGCUGUGUCAGAUGCUUGAUCUUGUUAAGCCAGAGACAGAAGGAAGAGUAACCCUACGAGACCUGAAGAGGUGCAGAAUGGCUCAUGUGUUCUACAACACCUUCUUCAAUUUAGAGAAAUAUCUAGACAAUGAACAGAGGGAUCCCUUUGCAGUGCAAAAGGACAUUGAAAAUGAUGGCCCUGAACCCUCUGACUGGGAUAGAUAUGCUGCUGAAGAGUACGAGAUUCUUGUGGCUGAGGAGUCUGGGAACGAACAGUUACAAGAAGGAUCAUUUGAAGAAGACUAUGACACAGAUGAAGUCUUAUCUCCCCCUGAAACUGGAGACAAGUCAGACAAACUAGUUAUCUCAGAUCUUUCAGCAUAGAGAAAUGGAAGACACUUAGUAUCUUUCAAACUGGAUAGCAUUCAGUCCCAAGACACUUAGGGAUUUUUCUUCAUCAUUGGAGCAAUGUGCUUUAUUUUGUACACUGUAACUUCAGAACCUUUUUUCUCUUCCUGUGUAAUUGCAAUAAGGUAAUUUCUAUAAAAAGGCUUUUUACAAUGUGUUAUUGUGCACGCUCAUUAAAAAUGGUGAUUGCACUUUGUUUCAUUUAUAUAUAAAUUCUGUUAUGUCCCCAGACGUGCAAUAAAUGCCAGCAUCUAAUGAUUAACUGUACCAACUGCAUGCAACAUCUACAGUGGUCGUUUCUCAGUGAGUUCAGUCCUGUGCCAUUCUGUCCCCUCGACUUUAUACCAGGAGUGACAAAAGAGCUGCCAAAUUAACUUAAUUUAAAUGUAUGUCUAGAAAUCUUUUCAAACACAAGUCACAAUGAAGUUCUCUUUUUUUUCUUAGUGUCCUGGAAACCAAGGCAACAUGCCUGCACUUGGGGAGAGUGAAGUCCUUUUUUGUGCUUUAAACCACAAGCUCUUAGAGUUGAUAGAGGACAUAUUUUACUUGUAUGAAUAUGUGGAUAGUUAAAGCACUACAUGAUGUAAUGUUUUUCUAAGACUUUGAGAUAUACUUAACAUUUCUACACAUUAUUCUGCGCAUAGGAGGCUCUUCCUCAGCUAGUGUUUUGUCUCUGUAGAAGUAGUUUCUAGCAUAUUAACAAAAAAAGACACAUGCUGUUCAGCUGGCAUGUUGAAACUGCUGUGUCUUGUGUGCACCAGUUCCGUCCAUUGCCUGUGGUGGUGUUCUCUCUUGUAUUGCUAACCUGUAGCCUUCUCCAGGAGACUAAGCUGAGAUAAUGAAGAAAAAACCCAACCCUAACCUAGUGUGCUAAAUUUCUGUUACCAGAGGGUCCUUUAACUGGUAAAGGAAUUGGGCUGUAAUAUUGCCAAAAAUUUAUUUUCACCCAUGAAGUAGGCCCCUGUCUCAGAGAGGAAACACUGUAACUAAUGAAUUCUUGCUUUUAAGUGCAAAAUUAAACUGACCUUCCCCAUAGAAUCACAACUGGUGUCUCUAGUAAUAGCACAUGCUCUGCUGCUGGAGCUGUUGCUCCUCCUUGCCAGCUAGUAGCUGUCGUGAUUCAGCACAGAGGCAAUUAUAAUGUAUUCUUACCAGUCCUCAAUUUUAGCCAUCUUAGAUACACAAAUAGAUCUGGUACUUACUUUCUCCAGCUUGGGACAGGUUUCAGCUGUCAUAUUUUAUUUCAACUAUCAUAAUUGCACCCAAAUAUUUAAUGUCUGGUUGGUAUGUAUACACAAUAUUUCCUCUUACCUCACUGUAAGAAUAUCAAAACAUGCCUCCCCAGGACAUCCCUGCAUGAAUCCCUGCCAGAAUACCGGAGAGACAACUGCCAGUGCCAGGAUCAGAUCUCCAAGCAGGCACCUCCUUGCCUGCACUAAAGGCAGAACCCAUCCAGUUAAUAGAUAACUUGUGUAUACACACGCACACUGUUAGCCUGGUGCAUUUUGUACAUACAGAUAACUAGCACAAUGGAACAUUAAUCCAUAGAUGAUACCUCUAAGUCUUAAUAACCAAAUUGAGUAAUUGGCUGAUCACUACAAUGCAGCUUCAACUUUUCCAGGAGCCUUUGAAGCGUAACGCCUGCCUCCCGAUGCCCAGGUGGGAUAUACUGUGGCCUUGUUGAUGUUAGUAACUGUCUCCUCAGGAUCAAAAUCUGAAAGAGAGGAAGUUUUCAGUUGCACUGGGCUUGGAGAUCUGUUUUCUUUUUCUUGAACAAAGCUACUAUUUUAUCCAGAUUCAUAUACACACCCCAGGAUCCUGGAUUUGGUAUUUGGGAAUUUUCUGGAUGCCUAGGUUAUUAGCAAAGGCACUGCAAGGUAACUUCCUUUCCAUAAUAAAAGAUGUAAGCAGGGAGCACUCUAACCAAACCAGGAUAAGCCUCUGAAUGCAGCAAGCACACAAGAGUGGCUCUGUUCAACAUCGGGGUAUUUGAAUCGCAUCUUCAUCAUCACUAUAACCUUGAGGGGAAAAGCUCUACUGGGGAAGAUUCCACAAAGGCCCAAAUGCAGAAGAAACUAGGAAAUUACUGCAGAAAUGAACAUAGGAUGGAAGUUGCACGACCACUAAUUGUAACCAGCUCUGUCCCCUUUUUACCGGAAAGAACCUAGGCAAAGCAGUUCACAGCUUUUCUUCACUGUCUGGGUCCAGAGUGGCCUUUUACUCUUGAGUUUAAUAAAGUUUUACGUCUCUCCAAAGGCAAAGGUUCCUCAAAGGAACAAGAAGAACCUGACCCCACUUUAGGCUGAAAUUGAACCUUCAUGUUAUUUCAGCAUUGAUAGCUUUUAAACUCCAUAAACAGCAGUACUGGAAUGUUCAGUUUGCCAGUUAUAUAAAGCCUCAUUUCAGAAUAACUUAGGGAUUGUCUCUGUAAGGUUUUAACCUGGGAUAGCCCUUGCACCUCAAAGAAAAGAAGCUCUUGCAGUGCUGUACAGAAUAGUAGAAUAAUUCAGGUUGGAAGGGGCCUCUGUAGAUCUCUAGUCCACCUCCUUGCUCAAAGACAGGCCAGCUUCAAAGUUAGAGCAAGUUUCUCAGGACCUCAGCCAGCUGAGUUUUGAAAAAUCUCCAUAGAUGGUGAUUCUGCAACCUCUCUACAUAUUACAUUUCCUCCUCCUCCCUACGGGAGUUCAGAGCAACAUCCUUUUCCAGGAAGGAUGUAGAUUCCCAGGAAUGCAGAAUUUCUUUUUCAUACAGGGAGGGAGUUAGAUGAAGGACUUGAGGACUUGCUAGUUGAGCAAGUGACACUCUGUUCUCAAGCACCAGAUAUGCGUUGGGAUGCAGACACAGCCCAUGAUGGGCUAUGGAGAACUGGUACUCCAGCAACCCUUGGUGCAUCGCUCUUCUGGUUUGGCAUUUCUGUUCUUGCUAGGUCAUACCUUGAGCCUACUUCCGCUGUUACUGCUCUCUCUAUUCACCCACCAUUUCAGCAUUUUUCAUUUUUCUCCUCAUAUGCCUUUUGCAGAGGGGCUUCAACUCAACCCAUCAAAUCAAUUCAGACUUCCAUCUCUCACUGCACCAGUCUGCCUGAACCGGUGCCUUUUUUUGAAAUAGUCAGUAUCCUGAGCCUGGUAAAAAUUACCAGUUACCUUUUCAAGGUUUAGCUUCAGUUAAUUGAGACAGAAGCUCGUAGCUGCUCUGCUGAGCCCUUUCGCCCCCAAACCCAAGGCCCUCUCUUCUAUGACCAAGAGGUUUGCUGCUGCUGUGACAAAGCAGAGUGAUUCCAAAGCCAAUUCUUGCUUUCUGGUAGGUCAACACAACAAGCUAAUCAAAGAAAAAACCAAAACCAACUCACAGCAAAUGUUUUGCCUUAUAUGUGAAUAUAAGGACAAGCUACAGAAGCCACUGCUAGCAUGGUGCCGGUGCAAAACUUGCAGUAAUUUAUAUUAUUUACUCCAGGAGUAGAAACCCAUUCUCUCUUGCUAAUACAUUUGAAAAUAACCAUAAUUCAGCAGUCACAGAGGAAUUAGUAAAGGAGGUAUUCUACACCCCAUUUAUGACUUAGCCCUGUCCACAGCUGCUCUGGAUGGAAGGUUUCUAAAUCUGCAGUAUAUAAGCAAGGUAAGUUUGGGAACUCCUCUCCUACUUCUUUUCCUUCUGGGAUAGUCAAAACGUAAGAAGACAAGGAUGUUUGUGAAUACAGACACCAGAACCUGCUGAGCUGCAACACACACCAGCUUUAGAGGUCAGCAAGCUCUCUAGAAUGACGCAAGCCAAGAAUCACCGCACAGAAAACUUGUAGGAGUCCACUCUGCUCUGAUUUUGCCUCCUGUCUCCAACUGUCAAUGCCACUUUAGAUGUUGCAUACCUUUGAAGAGAGAUCAUGCAUUUUUCAUUGUAAAUCCAGCUCAGACUGAAGUCUGUUAUGAGCUGGAUUCCUUUUUCCUUACAAGUAGUCGGAAAAGUGAGUAAAAUUCAGUUUUGCAUGGUAAAAGAAAAAUACAUUUGUGUUUGUUCUCUCUAGUCUGCUUUUGUCUAGCAAAAUUAAGUCCUGUGUCCUUACAAACCCCUUGCUUUUUAUUUUUAUAUUCACAAAUAUUCUCUCUCUGCAGUACUAAGAUUGGAGAUCUGGCUCGAUACAACCACAUGCAAUUACUGCUGGAAUGGUACUAUCUUGAAUUUUUUUUUUUUUUUAGUUCUUCUAAAAUCUCAGUAGUAAUUGCUAUAUUAGAGUUUUCAUCAGCAAACCCCAGGCACUGACCUAGCUCCCCUUCUGCCGGUCUGCCACCAAGUGGCAGUGUUGCAAAACAGACACGGACAGCAAAAAAGAAAUUCCAGUCAGUCUCAGGUUUACAGAAAACAUUGCGGAAAGCCUUCCUGCUCUCCUGAACUAAGGAUUUAAGAAAGCUGACUCGAAAUACUCUAACCAAGGUACUGUGCUUAGUUAUUAAAACAAAAUAGGCCUGAAAGGCCAAAAAAAAGAGGUCACUGGAGUGUCAUGUUAAUCGCAUGUCUUUUUGGAGUACAGCGUUUCUGUAUCACAGUAUCUUACGUCUAUGCAAUCAAAAAUGAACCUCAGUAAAGAGCAUGAGCUACUGUAAGAAAAACAUGCAAACAGUGCUUACCCUUUUGUUCUAAUCUUUUCUCUGUAUCACUGGGUGAUGGUUUUAGAAACUGAAUAUUUAACAAUAAAGGUUCUCAUACUUUUACAAAGUA